AUGCGAUCUGUGUGUCUUUUAGCCGUUGUGGCCCUCGUUUCGGCCGAAGUUUACUUCAAAGAAGAAUUCAAUGGUUAGUUUUCUUCUAUUUUUUCUGAAAAUAACUAAACGGUUUUUUUUGCAGAUAACACUUGGGAACAAAGAUGGGUCCAAUCUAACCACAAGGAUGAUUUCGGAGCCUUCAAGUUGUCAGCUGGAAAAUAUUUCGAUGUUGAAUCUCGCGAUCAAGGAAUCCAAACUAGCCAAGAUGCCAAAUUCUACUCACGUGCCGCCAAAUUCGACAAAACUUUCUCGAACAAGGGAAAGAGUGUUGUUAUUCAAUACACCGUCAAACACGAACAAGGAAUCGAUUGUGGAGGUGGAUACGUCAAAGUUAUGCGCUCUGACGCCGAUCUUGUCGGAUUCCACGGUGAAACCCCAUACAACAUCAUGUUCGGUCCAGAUAUUUGCGGUCCAACUCGUCGUGUCCACGUUAUUCUCUCAUACAAAGGAAAGAACCAUUUGAUCAAGAAAGAAAUCACUUGCAAAUCCGAUGAACUCACCCAUUUGUACACCCUUAUCCUCAACUCUGACAACACCUACGAAGUUCAAAUCGACGGAGAGAGUGCUCAAACCGGAAGUUUGGAAGAAGACUGGGAUUUGUUGCCAGCCAAGAAGAUCAAGGAUCCAGACGCAAAGAAGCCAGAAGACUGGGAUGAGAGAGAAUAUGUUGAUGAUGCUGAAGAUAGCAAGCCAGAAGAUUGGGAUAAGCCAGAACAUAUUCCAGAUCCAGAUGCUAAACAACCAGAAGAUUGGGAUGAUGAGAUGGAUGGAGAAUGGGAACCACCAAUGAUUGAUAAUCCAGAAUACAAGGGAGAAUGGAAACCAAAACAAAUCAAGAACCCAGAAUACAAAGGAAAAUGGAUUCAUCCAGAAAUUGACAACCCAGAAUACACUCCAGAUGAUGAACUCUACCUUUAUGAAGAUUUCGGAGCCAUCGGUUUCGAUUUGUGGCAGGUAAAUAAUUUUUUUUUUUUUUAUAAUUAGAACAAUUUUCUAAUUCUUCAAUUAUUUCAGGUUAAAUCUGGAACCAUCUUCGACAACAUCAUCGUCACUGAUUCAUUGGAAGAAGCUCAAGCUCAUGCCGCUGAAACCUUUGACAAAUUGAAGGUUGCUGAAAAGGAAAAGAAGGAAGCCGCUGAUGAAGCCGCCCGUAAAUUGGCUGAAGAAGAGGCAAAGAAGAAGGAGGCUGAAAAGCCAGAAGAAACUGAAGAAGCUGAAGAAGACGAGGAUAAGGAACACGAUGAAUUGUAA